AAAAAAAAAAAAAGGUUUUGUAAUUAUUCUUGCCAUUUAAUUGAAAAGCUUAUGCAUUUAAAUGUUAUAAAAACAAAAGUGGUCUGGUACAGGUUAAAAUGUGCAUGUCUUCAGGUGUGUAGCAAGGGGAGGAGAUUACGUGUUUGAGAUUCAGGUUAGUUUGACUUGUGUUGAACAAUUUUAGUUUUGUCAUGUUUUUUUUUUUUUCUGCAUUCUGUGACAAUAAUAAUUUUCUCAAUAUUAACAAAGUACUUUGACUAUCUUUACCUGGCCUAAUCUGUUUCAAAGGUGACUUACAGUUGAUGUGGCCCAUCGUGCUAUUUAGUGAUUUUUUUUCCAAUGCAAAUAAGGUACUAUGUACUGUACACAUACAGCAUAGCUUGGUACUGUCCCAAUGUCUUUUUUGAUGAUUUUCUCCAAAUUUGAAUUACCUUUUGCACUGUAGUACUUUGAAAGUUUAAAUAAAUUGUUAUCGACAUUGACCCUAUUAAGUGAAAAGUGGCUGUGAUUAAUAUAUCGCAACAAAGUCUGAAGGAAAUAAUGAGAUAAGUCACAAACACAAACUGCUUGACAAAGGCAAAUUUUACAAUGUGGGGAAAAAAUAAUGUUUUCCUUUCUUUUUAUUUUGUUUAAUGAGUCAGUAUGGUUAACACUAAAAUAAGAACAUUUAUAGGCCUGAGAUACUGGCGCCAUUAGCAAAAUUGUUAUAAUUCAAAUUAAUAUAAUGAUCUUUUAGGAUUUCUGCUACAUAACAAACUAGAAAAUGUGCUCAGUAGAUUGCAGACCUCUGCCAUGACCAAAUUGUAAUAGGUCCCUCCCUGGCCCAUGCCCCGUCUCUCCACCAAGUUUGGAGCAAAUCGGUUCAGUACUUUUAAAGUAAUCCUGCUGACAAAUAAGCAAACAAACAAACAGACACGGGCGAUCACAUAACCUCCUUGGCGGAGGUAAUAAUAAAAAGAGCUUGUAGUCAAGCAGACUUAUUGUCGUUCAACUGCAGUGAAAAAUAGAAAACAUCGGAAGCAACUUCUAAAUUUUGAAUUUCACCUUCUUAAUCUUUAAUACACGUGAAUUGUUUUAUAACCUGUCUUCAAGUUGCCUUUCCUCUUUGUGACUUUGGAACAACUAGUUAGCGAUCUUAGCUUUAACCUGAAUUCAAUAUGAUGGUCUGUUUGAUGGAAGAGAGGGUGAUCCUUAUAUUAUUUUCAUGUAUUUAGUGUGUGAGAGGUUUACAGUAUAUAGUGCAAGUCUCAACAAACAGAUGACCCUGUAUGUGUGAUUGACUUUGAAAUAUUUCCCAAUAGCGUUUGAAGCAUUGAAGAGCAGGUGUUCCUAUUAGUUUGUUGAGUAAUAUCUUUGCAUCUAACUGCAUAUGAUUACUUAAGAUAUACCUUUUUUAAGCCCAUGGUUUGUUUCACCAAAAACACAAAGUUGAAGUACUCCCUUAUGUGUUAGUGUACGUCACAGCUAGUUGGGCAGCUGGCUGUCGUCCUCCUCAAUCAAUAAUUUACCUGGCCCGCUCAUAUCGAUGGCACCUGCUCCCUUUUUCUCUUCCCCUCGCUCGCUCGCUCGCUCUCUGCGGGAAAACUGCCGAUGACAAGGGGCUAAAAGAGCUCAUUAACGAAUGACAGAAAAAAGGGAGAGCGAGGGGGGAAGGCAGUAUCACUCUAUUACACGGCUGUUACCGCUCUUUGGAACAACAGCAGAAUCGGUGGGACUGCAUUAAGGGUGACUUUCACUGCCUUAAGACGCUGAUACACACAGGACAAGGAACGCCUGAGGGACAACUUCUUCAGAAGUUUGAAUGGGAAUACAGACUCUUUACAGACGUUUGUUCUGUCUCUAACAUUCAUUUUUCAAGACUUUUUCUCUGUUUGAAGAUCAUAUUUCCCUUAGAACUGGUCACUAUGUCAGGAGCCAGCAGUGACCAGCUGCACAGAUCAACUUUAACCGUCUAUUCGGUGAGUUUAUAUCAUCUCCAUGUUUUCUGACACAUGGUUUGUGAAACUUAAUUUUAAACAGGAGGAAGAACUAUGAUGUACUGUAUAUUUAAAUGUGCCCUGGUUGGAGUUACUUCAGUGAGUAUCAUAUUAUACAUUCCAGUGUCUUUAUAGUUCAAGUGAUAAAUUUGUCUGUUUGUGUGCAUUUGUGUGUGUUUGUGUUUGUGUUUGUGUCUGUGUGUGUAUUACUGAAGAACCUAAUGGAGCACUUCAAUCCAGGCCUCCAGAAGCUUGUUGCUCUGGGAAACAGCUAUGUCAAAGCUUUCCAAGCCUUGGCUCUUUGCAGUGAGGCCUACUUCAGCGCUGUGGCUAAGAUGGGUGACCAGGCUCUUCACACGCUUUCAUCUCGCUCUCUCGGGGAUGUCCUGAUCCAGAUAUCAGACACACAGAGGAGACUCACUGCAGAGAUGGAGGGAGUGUUUCGAUGGUUCCAGAUAGAGGUGCUGCAAGCCAUGGAGAAGAAUGUGAAAUUGGAUGAGGAAUACAUUGAUGGUAGUCGCAGAGUGUAUGAGCUGGAGGUGAGGAAUCAGGCUGAGGUUUUGGAGAAACAGCUCAGACGGGGAGCCUAUAGAGACUCUCUGGAGAACAGUGAAUACAUGCUGUACCUCAGGCAGAGCCAGCAGGAGAUCCUCAAGGAGGAGGAGAGGAGGUAUCGCUUCUUGGCAGAGAAACACUGUGGCCUUACUCAGUCAUUACUCUUCCUAAUAAACAAGACCGGUGCGUCUCUUCAGCAAAAGGCAGACGGAUGGAAGGAGAAAGUGAACGAGACCAGAGGGUCCAGACCUCGGACUCCGACCCAUGUGGACCAAGAGGCACAGCUGCGAGGCUCAGUGAGUUCCCUGCUGCAGACGGUGGCCAGAGAUGAAGACAUGUCCUGGGCCAGGAGGGAGCAACAGGCACUGGGCAGAGUGCCCUCUAGAGCACCGUCUCCCCUCCCCAGCCGCUCUCGCUCCAGCUCAGUGGGGGAAUCCCUGGGUCUGGGGGGAGGGAGAGCCAUGAGAGCCCUGGUGUCUCACCCCUCCUCAUCCAACCCAAAGCUUCUGCCUUUCAACAGGGGAGAGACCGUCACCGUACUGGUCCAGGAGCCACGCAAUGGCUGGCUGUACGGACGCACUGACAGCAGCCUGCGUCAGGGCUGGUUCCCUGCUGCUUAUGUGGCGCCCGUUGAAGAUUUCUCCAACACUUUAGCGACAAGUGGUGGUUCUCUAAGAAGCCACAGUAUGAACAAUCUGCUGGACCCCACUGACACCUACAAUGACCAGUCGGAGAGCAAGAGCUAUGGAGAUGUCCCGCCCCCGGUCACGCCCAACCGUAGGGCGUCUGUAGACUUCCGGCCGAUCUCCCCGCUCCCCGAGAAGAAGGCCGAACCAGGGACAGAGAUAAAGCUCGGUCAACCGAGGAGCCACACUGAACACCCGCCUCCACCUCCUCCACCGCCGCCUCCUCCGACGAAUCAGAAUCUUCGAAGGGACUCUGCAGACUUUCGGCCAAUCUCUCCCCUCCCUGACAGGAAGGGCGAAUCAACAUCUGAUGUCCAGGCGUUAUCGACCCAUGGGCCACCUGAAAACCCCCUGUUUCCCAGAGGCACAAACCCAUUUGCCACUGUAAAGCUUCGCCCCACAACGACCAAUGACAGAUCUGCUCCUCAGAUCCACUGAUCCAUCAGCACUCAUGCAGGCAGGGUUUGUAACCGAGGCCGCUAGAUCAGGUUGUGGAGGCAGGAUACAUAUUUUGGUGUCUGGAGAAUGUAAUGACAUCUCAGAAAUGCGAAGGCUCUGAGACAGAAGGGCAGGGGAAGGUUUGGUUGUUUUUUUUGUACAGCGUUAGAUAAGAGGAGGUAUUUACUGUACCACGAGCAGAAGUAAUACUGUAGUACAUCUGAAAUCAUAAUCAUCUAAAUCAUAAACGUUUAAAAGUAGUUGUUUUAUCAACUCUCUGUACAGUAAUUAAGUUUUUAUGUUGAUAGGUGUUUGUUUCUUUUGGUAAAAAUAUGAAAGAAAUAGGCUUAUUUGCUUUUUGGUUGAGAGUUAGAUGAGAAUAUCGAUACCACUCUCAAAUCUGUCUGCUAACUAUGAGGCUACAGCUAGCGGCUGGUUAGGUUGACAUGAAGACUGGAAACAAGAAGAAACACCCAGCCUGCCUCUGUCUGGAUGUAACAAAUCCGCCCACCAGCAACUUAUUUAUUUAUUUUUUACCCCUGGAUAGAGCCAGCCUAGCUGUUUUUCGCCUGCUUCUAGUCUUUCUGCUAAGCUAAGCUACCUGGCUGGUGGCGUCAGCAACAUAGUAGGUGCAUUGACGUGAGAGCGGGAUGGAUUUUCUCAUCUAAAUCUAGGCGAGCAAAGCAAAUAACUGUAUUUCCCAGCCUUUAAGAUGAUGGCGGCAUUUGUUUAAUUUUUUGCUUAAGCUGUUGCGUGUCUUGUUCUCAUUCUAAACUCAUUUUGUGAGAAAAUGAAUCCCAAAUCAGAAUAUUCAUGCUCAUGUGAUACAGGACUGAUCUGACAGAUCUAAACAUAAAAAUGUAAUCCUUUCAAAUCCGACUUGGGCCAACUUUAUUCUUUGAGGUACGUAUUGGAUUUUCCUUCAGACUCACCCUUGGGCAGCAGCUGCUCAACUAGUCAUUAUAAAUUUGUAAUACUCUACACUGUUGUGUGAUUGACAUGUUUUGCAUUGUUCAGUGCAUUGUAUUUUGUGAGUUUAAUGUUUUGUGUCCGCUGUGAGUAACAAUAAGUAAAGAGACAUUUACUAGUCAACUUUUU